AUGCAGCAAGUCAGGACGCCCGUUUCCGCCUUUCUCGAGCAGGAUGCGGACGUCAAUCAUGAUAUGGGGUUUCUCGAAAGUGUACCGGCGCCAGCGGCAGUCGUACUCACCGGACCGGUGCGUUGGCUUCGUCUGGGAGAAAGCGGGAUAGCGACGAUCGUGGGCGGCCGUUCGUGGGUGAUAGGCGCUCUGCGCUCGAGAGAGCCCGGCGUAUCGGAACACGAGCCAAGACCUGCAGUGACUGAAGAGGACGAACGCAAGCUGCAACGCUCCUCAAGUUCGGCACGGGUGCUGCAGUGGGACCACUGGUGCCGCGGCCUGCACACAGACCCCAUCACGGCGCUGUGUGCGGAGUUGUCCCUUGUUGGAACGGCACGCGGUACGAUCCUGCGACUACCGAAUACAAGUGCAGACAACCGUGAGCCUGCGAGAGCUCCUAGCUACCAGACUUACGAGCUCGAGGUCAUCAUGCAAACAGCGCACAGCUCGAUUAUCGGGCUGAACUCCAAAGCAGUAGCCACGGAUGCGGGACACUUAUACCGUAUAGACCUCGAAAGCGCAUGUUUUGAGCUUCAUGGGAUGGUUGGAACAGGUUUUAGCGCUUUUGCGGCGCUCGAGCACAGUUUUGAGGUCAUGACUGCAACCCUUGACGGUGCCGUGCGAUGCUGGGACCUUCGUGUUCGCGCUGAUGCCUGUAGCGCUGCCUCUGAACUCCCCAGCGCUCUACUGGCGUCAUCCAUUAGCGCAUUCCCGCGACCACAAGGCUCGAUUCCGCUGUGUAUGGAUGUCGAUGAGCGGUACCUGGUUGCCGGCACCGACUGCGGCGACGUUCUGGAGUGGGAUCGACGUCAGCCGGCGAGCCUGCUGCGAGCGGACCGCCUGCACGAGGGCCCGGUCCUUGAUGCUCGCAGCGUCCAGUGUGCGGGUGGGCAACGCAAGAUCGCCUCUUGUGGGACAGACGGGCGGGUGUACUUUGGCAGUACAGCGGCAGACUUGGGUCCAGUGGUUCGUGGAGGACCCGGAGCCGAUUUCGCGAACAGUCUCGAUAUCAUUCAAACUGAACGGUUGAUUGCCUUUGGAGGUGAUGCGGGGCUCGUCUACGUCUAUGCAAUUUAA